UUAAANAAUAUGCUUCAGUUUUCUCAAGAAAUUGAAAAAGCUUUGCCAAUAAUUUGCCAACUCCUUCAUUCUACAUAUACUUCCAGUGAUAUAUUGGAAUCUAUUAGAUUUUUUGUAACUGCUUAUCAGUUUGGCGUUAAAGAUGCUGUUUUUGGAAUUAAAAGUAUGCUAUCUCAUAUAUGGUCAAAGGAAGAUGUAAUAAAAGAUGCUGUAGUAUCAGCAUAUAAAGAAUUGUAUUUGGCUAACACAAGUUCUAACAGAAAAGAGUGUGUCUUGAGCAUUGUGAAGAAUAUUAUAUUGCUCGUACAAGGAUCAACAUUUGCAGAAGAAAUAUGUCUUGAAAAAUUGAUAGGAGAAUUUAUGAAAUCUGAAGAUUUUAAUAAUAAUAUAAUUGAAAUGUUAUGGGAUAUUUAUUCAAUGAAAAUACCAAAUUCCACAUUAGAAGAAAGUCAUUCUGCAUUAAAGUUAUUAAGAAUGGCAGCAACAUUUCAAACUGAUAUCAUUGAGAAAAAUAUUGAACUUCUGUUGUCAAUAGCAUUUAAUGCAGAAAAUAUGCCAGAUUUUGUUUUUAUUUGUGAUGUUUGCAAAAUGUUGUUGCAGUUAGCUAAUUCAAACAAGGAUAAUUCAAAUAAGAGUUACCAUUUUCCAAAUGAUGAUGUUAUGUUCAAAAAACUAACUGAUGUUCUUGUUAAAGGUGUAAUUAAAUUAAACGAUCACUUUUGGAUUCCUAUGGCUGAACAAGCAAUAAAUGUAAUUUAUAAAUUAGCACAUAGGCCAGAUAAAUUAUGUGCAAAAAUUAUGGAAGAAUUUUCUUAUCUUAUUAGUGAUUCUCAAUCACCUUUUUCAGAAGAUACUUCAAGAUUUCCACUUAGAAUUUUGCAACGAAUUGUCAGCUUUUCUGGUCANAGUGUAUUAUCUAAAAUUGCAAUGACACAUCUUGAAUUUGUUAUUCCUUUAAGUAAAGAUGAUUUGAGAAAAGUGAAUAAAUCUUAUCAGUAUGUAGUGAAAGAAACAUUUUCUACAUCCGAAAUUGUACAAAAACUUAAAGAUUGCCAUCAUCAAAUAAGAUGUAAUAAUGCAGAAUUUAUCAUCAAUUAUUUUGAUGUUUUUUUCUGUGUUUUAUAUGAUUUUGCUAAAAUUGAAGCUGAUGUAAAAGAAAAUGCUUGGAAGAUCAUUUUGAAAGGUAUGAAUCUGUUAGAAAAAUCUCUAUGUGAGUAUCUAGAUUCAGAAGAGUCAAUGGAUCAACAAGAUUGCGCUAAAUUUCGAAAAGGGAAGAAGUUAGUGCAGAAUGAAUCAUCUGUUUGGGAUGAAGAACGUAUUCAAGGCAUUACAGCACUUAAUACAAUCUGCCAGUUAAAAUUACACAAGUUAUGGGAUCCACCGAUAAUAGAGGAGGAUUUUGUCAACUUGAUUAUGAAUUGUUGCUUCAAGUUAUUGGAAAAUCAGAAUACAGUUCGAUGCAAAUCUACAAAGAAUGCCAUUUUUAAUCUUCUUGGUAUUUUAUUAAAAAAAUAUAAAAACAGCUUAAGUUGCAGUUUAAAAAUUAUACAAUUUGUGCAGCAUUUUGAUUAUUUAGUUUCUCCUCUGGCUCAAGCAGUUGAAUUAUUUGUAAAUGAAUAUGGUAUUAAUAAUAUUGUGAAUGAAAUAAUAAGGGAAAUAAGUCAAAUGGACAUUCAAGAUUUAAUUAGAGAUAACACAGGUACCAAAUCAGUCUCCCUGUUCCUGGUUGAAAUUACAGAAAAAAUUCCUUCUGUAGUUUUACAUUCUUCAAGUCUCUUGCUUCAUUUUCUUGAUGAAGAAGUAAGUAGUAUGAAUCUGUUAGAAAAAUCUCUAUGUGAGUAUCUAGAUUCAGAAGAGUCAAUGGAUCAACAAGAUUGCGCUAAAUUUCGAAAAGGGAAGAAGUUAGUGCAGAAUGAAUCAUCUGUUUGGGAUGAAGAACGUAUUCAAGGCAUUACAGCACUUAAUACAAUCUGCCAGUUAAAAUUACACAAGUUAUGGGAUCCACCGAUAAUAGAGGAGGAUUUUGUCAACUUGAUUAUGAAUUGUUGCUUCAAGUUAUUGGAAAAUCAGAAUACAGUUCGAUGCAAAUCUACAAAGAAUGCCAUUUUUAAUCUUCUUGGUAUUUUAUUAAAAAAAUAUAAAAACAGCUUAAGUUGCAGUUUAAAAAUUAUACAAUUUGUGCAGCAUUUUGAUUAUUUAGUUUCUCCUCUGGCUCAAGCAGUUGAAUUAUUUGUAAAUGAAUAUGGUAUUAAUAAUAUUGUGAAUGAAAUAAUAAGGGAAAUAAGUCAAAUGGACAUUCAAGAUUUAAUUAGAGAUAACACAGGUACCAAAUCAGUCUCCCUGUUCCUGGUUGAAAUUACAGAAAAAAUUCCUUCUGUAGUUUUACAUUCUUCAAGUCUCUUGCUUCAUUUUCUUGAUGAAGAAGUAAGUAGUGAAUUAUAA